GCUGCUGCCCUCGUUGCUGAUCCGUCCUUCAGCGACAUGGACAUGGACCUCGCCUCGCCUCUCCCUGUCAAUGCCAUCGUGCACCCCAAUGUCUCGCUCGCUCGCGCUGGGAGUGCAAGGAUACUCCCGUUCUAUGUCUCAUUGAAUUUCGCGGGAGAGAUCCCCCCCCACCUUGCCAAUCAAGAUAUUCCUAUAUCCAUUUCCGUCUCUGUUGCCCCGGAACUCGAGCCAUAUACCACCUUGUCUCUACGCGCUCACACCAAGGAUGAAACAGAGGAAAACCCAGAUUCCGAUUGGUCGUCGGACUCGGAGAGCAUCCAUGGCGACACUAGCUCCUAUGACGACAUCCCAUUCCUCCCUCUGCCUUCAACAUUUGACCGAAAAACACCAAGCUGUUGGGCCCAUCUCAGCGACAACAUCCGUAACUGGCUCCUUACAGUCAGACCUGACAGCGGCAUUAGGGCUUGGGGAACGGAGCUCUUUUGGAUUUCAUGGAUUGGUGCGCAUCUUCACUUCCCGUACGGCCACUGGCCAAAGUGGGAUAAUGCUAUCCCUCUCGAAGGCUCGUUCAUCGAGUCUUGGCUUACGGAUGCUUAUGCGCGUGGUCCCCAUUCCACUUUUCCCACUUCGGAUGCGGCUGCCAACUUUGUUUGGUCUGAGUUUCUUAGACAUGCCUCACCUUUUUGCACUGACCUCGUGCAUUCGUCAUAAUCAUGAUUCACGUUACGCUAGCGCUGUUGUAUUAUAUCUAGAAAGAUUGCAUGUAUGCUAAUGUUGCAGUUGUCAACUGGAUUUGCUUUGAAUGAAA